AUGCCAACUCGAGAACUCUAUCUAGAACUUUGUAUCAUCAAACCAUAUUUGAAAGUUCUCCGCACUAACGUGAAAAGGCUGUCGGUCAACGGGCAAGCUCAACACGGGGCUGAACUGGUUCAUCUGUUUUACUGGUGUCGAUUCACGGCGCCAUGGAAAAUAUGUAUUACCCGGCCGCCGCACCUGAACUUGGGAGGAGAAGUUCUACCUCAGCUGGCCAUCGCGAACAUUCGCCUUGAUAGAGAAGGGAGGACCCAGACAAAAUUUAUGGCGGGAGAACAUACCUAUACUCACUCCAUCCGAACGACUGCAAAUGUACAGAAGAUUGUUCCCAGGACAGAUAAACCCAAGAUCUCCGGGGAAAUUAACGGCAGCUUGGCUGACGUGAAGAUUGUGCGAGAGAUGACCAGUCUCACCAUUCAUCGUCUUGCAGCUUGUGACAUUCCAACGAGGACAUGUACUGCUGUACACCACAGUUUCUCCAGAGCGAGCAUCCCAUCGCGUCCGACCGAUCGACUCUACGCGGUCACCGAGGUGGUCGGUGAUUUGUCCGCUGCAGUCUUCCGCAAUCGUAACGAGGCACACAUGGCAACAAAGCAACUGGAUUCUGCCAAGUGA